AUGAUGAAACUUAGCCGAAGUUUGGGAAAUGUACUGACGAGGUUUGCAUUAAAUCAUACUGCAGCUUCAACACAAUCCGUACAAUCCAUUCACACCGCAUUAUCACUGAAGUGUGAACACCAUAAUAAAGAAGAUUCAGCGGAAUUGCCGGCAGAUGACAUUCAAGAGAAACGUGAAUUAACUGAAAAAGACCGCAAAUUGAUACUUAAAGAUCGAACAAAAGUUAUUCCUGUCGAGACUUCCAUCCGUUACUUGAAUAGCUCGGCCUAUAAACAAACAUACGGCGAACAAUUUGUCUGGGAACAAUACAGGCGCAACCAUAAGGGUCCAUUCCCACCACGACAGACACGUAAAACUUGUAUUCGCCAGGGUGUGAUUAGUACUGGAAAUCCCUGUCCAAUUUGUAGGGACGAAUAUUUGGUAUUGGAUCACCGUAAUAUUGAACUGCUGAAGCAAUUCAUUUCUCCACAAACAGGUCAAGUGCUGAGUUACACGAAGACUGGUUUGUGCCAGAAGAAACAUUUGCAGUUGUUGGUGGCAGUUGAAAGGGCCCGGGAUUACGGUCUUCUUACAUUCGACGUGCCAUAUCGCGAAUUCGAUUACAGUGAAUACGCUCAAAAAUCCCAAGCAUAGACC